UAGUCAUAACAUAUCAAGAACCAAUACAAUACCUUGAAAUGAAAUUGCUACUCAAUUAUACUCAAACUGCCCAGUAGUUCAGCACAUACCUACAAGUGACCAUGAAAAUAAUUAAACUUUCCAAUAGUUUACCAGAAAAUGAGGCACUCAUGUUCAUCGAGCUUUUCAAAAACGAAGAAUCAACAAGUGAUACGUUGGCAACAGGUAUAGUACAAGUAUACCAAAGCCAUCAAUCCAAAUGGAUGCUAAUUCAUGUAGGCGUUCUGUAUUUACUCUUCGACCAGUUAAAGCAAUGUCACUACUUAAAAUUGUACUCACCACUUGACGCAUCCUUAUUAUGGCAUCAAAAAAUCUACAAACAAUUUGUCUACGAAACACCAAACACCUUUUUCCAAAUGAUAGAAGGUGAUAACGCCGUCUUCGGUCUUAACUUUUGCGAAAUUCUGGAAGCGGAUGAAUUUUAUCGAAACAUGAAUCAACACGUACUGAAAACCCACUCAAUCCCUGCAACCAACAAAAAGAUUUUCGACUGUAUCAAAAAAAUGAAACUGUCUCUGUUUUCACGGUGGUCCCUGCGUGAAUUAAAAGCGAAACGAAAACAACGUGAAUUACGACCGGAAAUUAGUCAUCCGAUCAAUUGUAAACAUCUGGCCCACUUUGACAAUGAUGGUAACUACGAAGGAAUUGAAAAUGACGAUAUUAUUGAAGAAAUUAAGAAAGAAUUAAAAUCUCAUAUAAAUUUAUCAACGGAUAAACUCAAUACUCCUGAAAUACAUGACUAUGUCAAUUGGAUUGCCUGUCAAUUAAGACCGUAUUCUAAAACUGGCGUAAAAUCUUCCCAACGUCCCAUGCUUCGACCUCCAGCAAUUUCAUGGGCUAGCGAUGAAGAUAUGAAACAUUAUUCAAUGAUUAAUCCUUUCUACAACGAGCCAAUCAAUGAAUCAUCACAAAAAGAAAAUACACAGAAGCCGCAGCUAUUUAAUGCAAUUGCUUUGGCACUUGCAAAAAGAAACAUUGUGCAUAAUUAUUCGGAUACCGAUGACGAUUCUUCAGAUGAUCAAUGGAAUUAAGGGCAUUACACAUCACA